CUCUCUCUCUCUCUAACGCGAACGGCGCCACAGCCUCCUUCCGUUCCUCCCGCGCGGCUGCACGGACACUCGGAUCGUUGGAAUACUUCUGCUUUCACCGAAAAUGUGGCAUACAGCUUAUUUGGAUUCAUCCCGCCAGUAGUUUAUCCCUCUCUUCCAGUGUGACUUUAGCCAGCUCUCGGCAGUCCACCGGGCUGGUCCGUGUCGGCAGUGAGCAGCAACCUUUUGAGUUUGGAUGUUACUGUGAUUGUGUCUCUGCCCAAAUGACUGAGAGAGGAACCACCGGGAGACGCUGCUCUCCGUCCCGCGCCUGUACGGCGACCGUCGGGUAAAGUUUGAACGGCAGGGAUGAUGGUGGUUCAUCUUCCGUGAGGUUUGCGAAUUAUUAAAAUUUACCACAGCGAGGAAAACACCAUCUUCUCCAGACCAAAGGGGACCUCUUUCUGGGAUUACUCAUUUAACUGGAUUUAUUCGUUAAACAUGAAGACUUUAAUUGUUGAGGGUGGUCGCCUCCUCUGCCUGGUGUUAUGGCUUAACCUGGUGCCAGUGAUGAACGGCUGCCCGGCGAAAUGCGUGUGCUACAGCGAGCCACGGCCAACCGUGGCCUGUCAACAGCAGGGUCUGUUCUCCAUUCCCACCGAGAUCCCCGUCCGUAGCCAGCGAAUAUUCCUCCAGAGCAACAAACUGACAGUGGUCCGAUCGACCAGCUUUAGUUCAGUGCAUAACCUCACCGUCCUGUGGAUGUACUCGAAUAACAUCAGCCAUAUUGAAGCGGGGGCCUUUUACGGCCUGGAGAGACUGGAAGAACUAGACAUCGGCGACAACAGCAACCUGCGCAUCAUCAGUCCCACCGCGUUUCGCGGUCUGACCAAGCUGCAUACCCUUCACCUGCACAGGUGCGGGCUGUCCGAGCUCCCAGUGGGAGUUUUCCGAGGACUCUUCUCACUUCAGUAUCUCUACCUGCAGGAUAAUAACCUUCUGGCACUGUACGAUGACACUUUCCUGGACCUGGCCAACCUCACCUACCUAUUCUUACACAACAACAAGAUCAAGGUGGUGACCGAUCACAUGCUGCGUGGUCUCAUCAACCUUGACCGUUUGCUCCUGCACCAGAAUCGGAUCAUACACGUGCAACAGCGGGCGUUCAAUGACCUGACCAAGCUGACCACCUUGUUUCUCUUUUUCAACAACCUCACGAUGCUAACCGGAGAGGCCAUGAACCCGCUGGUGUCCCUCCAGUACCUGAGGCUCAACGGGAACCAAUGGAUUUGUGACUGUCGGGCCAGGCCGCUGUGGGACUGGUUCAAACGCUUCAAAGGCUCCAGCUCCGAGUUGGAGUGCCACCUUCCGACCUCUCUAAACGGGAAGGACCUUAAGCGACUGAAAAGCGACGAUCUGGAGGGAUGCGUGGACUCUCCGACCCAGGUUCAAACGAGUGUCUUCAACACCAAGGCACGCUCCGGGAAGUUCCUCUCGCUCGACGAUCCUCUUGUCGAAAGCAUCCCCAGGUGCUGUCUUUCGGAUAACGACAAAUCCUCCAUUAUCUCCAGUAAGUCCCUCCCGGAUCCUUCAUCCUACAACAGCCGGCAGAUCACCAACAAUCCCCUCAAAGAGAAGGAGAACAUCUCCAAGACCAAGUUUCGGGAGGCGGAGCGUACGAAAAACGACACGCGCAACAAGCAGAGCCUCAACGACGGUCCUUUGGGAACCAUGUCCAACAAUCUCGACCAGACCUUGGACAAAAUCAACCCAGAUCUUCUGGACAAUCUGGAACCUUCUACAGCGCCAACCAGAAAGAAAAAAAAGUGCUCGAAAAAGCCCAAAUCAGACCAGUAUUGUCUAAAGGCUCACGGAUCCACCAUUCAAGCAUUGGCCGUUCUCUUUCUCCCCUUGUUCUGGUUGUCUCUGGCUUUGUCCUAGUUCAUACUCUCGUCCAUCAGUUUGCUCUUGACAAUGACACAAAAUACCUGCAGUAGCCUACGUGGACAGGCAAAAGACGAUGAAAAGGGGGUUACGGCGUUGCCCCGCAUGGUUGAGAAUAAGUUGUAAUGCUAAAGAUGCAUUAAAAGAAAUGGAUGCCUUUACAGAAUACAUGAUGUAUAUAAAACUCGGUGCCCAAAUGUUUGUUCUAUGUACUUUUAAUGUGCUGUGUUUAAGCAACACUGCGGAGAGUUCCCUAUUCCCACAUCACCCCCAAAAACGUUGAUCAGAAAGUGACUAUUGUAGAUGAACCACUAAAAAAGAAAAAAAAAAAAAAUCCUUAAACCAUGACUAAACUAAAACCAGAGCGCCGAAAGCACCCAGGAAUGUUGCCGAUGAGAAACCGAAGGGGAGUGACAUGAUUUUUCUUUUACACCUCCAUUACAUUUUUUUUUUCUUUUAAAGGUGAUACAUUUGUUCAAUGCUGUUUUUUUUAUGUUUCUAAGUAUUUCAGUAAAGACAAAUGUUUAACUCUCCCCAAAUACGUGCUAUGUUCUGUUUGCGUCAUGACACACACUGCAGGUGGCAUCUUGGGAAGGAAUGCUGUCUAUUUGUUCACUGAAAUUGCGAUGGAGUCAUAGAUAUGCAUUUUAUUUUGCUGGUGUACAAGCAUAAAUAUAUGACAAAUAAAAUAUCUCAUUUUUUACA